AUGAAAACAGAAGGUACAAUAUCCACAACAACCAGAGGCACAGAAGGUACAAUAUCUACAGCAACCAGAGGCACAGAAGGUACAAUAUCUACAGCAACCGGAGGCACAGAAGGUACAAUAUCCACAGCAACCAGAGGCACGCUAGACAUGAUGUAUGGAAGGCGUUUCAGGAAAUAUUUGAAGAAA